AUGAGAAGUAAGACGAUCCCCGUCUUAAAGAACAUACCCAAAGGACCCGAUUCGCUCUCCAAGGAAGUUCUCAACAAGGACUUUGAACAGGAAGUGGUUAGGGGAGACGUGAUCCGCAUUCUGGGAUUUGUUACCGCGUCUCUGCGGCCACUGAGCGUGCUGGAGAUUUCUGAGGCUUGCCACCUUCACCUUGAUGAAGACGUUGUGAGAACUGGGGGUCAGUUUACACGUGAGGAAAUUGCAUCCUACCGUCUAAUGGUCAUCAUCCAGGAGAAGGUGCUAAUAUUACAUCAGUCCGUGAGCGACUACUUGGAAAGUGCGGGCUAUCUUGACGAGCUAAAGGCACAUACCGAGCUCGCCUACUGCUGUGUUGAUCCGCUCAUCGAGGAGUCCCAUUACAGUGAACUCUCGGCCAUCCACUUUUCACUUGGUGUGGCUCAAAAUGGGCCCAAUCAUGCGCGCGUGGCAGAGUCGAAAUUUGCAGUCCAGGAUUCGCAAGUGGAGUUCUUUGGCAUCCACCCUCCCUGUCGAGAGCAGUAUCCAUGCAAAGCUGGAUGA